AUAAAACGAAUUUAACAAUUAAUAUUCAAGACUAUCGUGAUGAUGAACUUAAUUUAUCAAUAGAUGAGGAUGUUGAAAGCGAAAUUUCCAAGGGAAACAAAGACUAUCGUGAUGAUGAACUUAAUUUACCAAUAGAUGAGGAUGUUGAAAGCGAAAUAUCCAAAGGAAACAAAGACUAUCGUGAUGAUGAACUUAAUUUAUCAAUAGAUGAGGAUGUUGAAAGCGAAAUAUCCAAAGGAAACAACGAAGCAAAAUAUAUGCUCCAAUGGUGUAUUAUCUGUUUUCCAGAAAGUAAUAAGAUAAAUAUCAGUUCUGGUUCAACUAGUACAGCAUUUUGCUUAAGUGCAAUAGGCCAACCUAUUUAUGCCACAUCCAAAAAAGAUAUAAACGAAAAUUUCAGGUACGUACACAUUGU